AUGUCGGGAAGCAAGCAUGGCCCUCCGAUCGCCCGCAAUAUCUCGUCCCGCCUGUCGGGGAAACUGACCGUCUGGCAAACCACCGUAGCUGUGUUUCUAUGGCUCUAUAUCUGCCGCAAUUUCGCCAAGAUUGUUGGUCUCGAAAGCCCCGAACCCCUGGCGAAUCUCUACUCUCGGUCUUUUUUUCGAGCAACAUGGGUCACCACGGCACUCGACGCUGGCUUUUGGACUGCAAUGAGGAUCAAACCCAAGUGGUUACGGGAUAUCUCAUCGCUGGUAUUCACCGUCUACUAUCUCUUCGCGGCAGAGCAAGCAGAUGAUAUGGUACGCCGUGUCCGCGCAACCCUGACCGUGGAACACCUGCGAGUGUCGUGGAACAAGGGAACCACUCCAUAUCUUUGGGCCCUUCAGAAGUUGGUCCGACCCCGUUUGACAAAUUAUGGCCCUCGAGCCAUCCGCAUCCCCCGCCCUAAACAAUCUAUUUACACCGAGCCAACGAAAGCAUGGCUAUAUUUUGACGGUCCGCUCAGUGCGCUGAAAGAUCAGACAUGUGUGAUUCUGGAUAUUCCGGGGGGUGGGUAUGUUGCCAUGAACCCGCGCAGCUCGGAAGACAAACUGCUCGCCUGGGCGGGGAAGACCAAGAUGCCGAUAUUGAGUCUAGACUACAAGAAGGCACCCGAGUAUCCGUACCCGUAUGCUUUGAACGAAUGCUAUGAUGUCUACCACACGAUCAUCACCACACGAGGCCGUUGCCUGGGACUGAGUGGACACACGCGGCCACGUAUUGUGGUUACUGGGGAUAGUGCUGGUGGAAACCUCGCUGUCGGGACGGUCCUGAUGAUUCUGCAGUCAGGGGCUGAGAAUGUGAUCCCACGCCCGGAUGGUCUGGUACUGGCGUAUCCCUCCCUAAACAUGCGAGUUGAGAGCUGGAUGACGGAGGAGCAGAUGUCAUUGAUCCAGGAUAAGAGCGUUCGCCGAACGAAUAAGAACGUUUUGCAGAGAAAGAAUAUGGACUAUCAGAGGCUGACGCCAUUUGCAUCGCCUGGACCAUCUACGGAAGAACUGAAACAGGAGGUCUUGUCUGAUGCGGACUUGGAGGCGGAUGACCUCGGAGAGAAGGCUUCGAAGAGAAUUGCCGAGAAAUUGAACCAAGAUAAUCUGGCAGCUCAGACAGCUGCACUUGUUGAGCAUCAGCCAAAGCAGAUCCGGACUCGUUUGGCCGUGUCCUCCAUGAUCUCGUACGUUCAUGAUCGCAUAUUGACCCCAGAAAUGAUGCGAGCCAUGAUUAUCCUCUACAUUGGACCUCAUAACCGGCCCGACUUUAGCACGGACUUCCUCUUAUCGCCUGUCUUAGCUCCCGAGAGCCUCCUCACCAGGUUUCCCAAAACCUACUUCAUUACAGGGGAACGAGAUCCAUUGGUCGACGACACGGUCAUCUUCGCCGGCCGGCUACGCCAGGCCAAAUUGCACCAAUUUCGGGAAAGACAGGAGCUCGGGCUUGAAAAGUCUCAUCAGGAAUUCAAUGAAAAGGACCACGUGGAAGUCUCCUUACUACCAGGAGUGUCACAUGGAUUCCUUCAGAUGGCCGGGUUUUUCCCUGACAGCUGGAAACACUUCAACCGAUGCGCUACGUGGAUCCAGAACUUGUUUGACACGGCUGAGGUCAAGAAAUCGUCUUCUAGCCUUUUACAGUCGCUCUACGAUAAUCCUGUUAUUGAUAAGGACCUAGCCAUAGAAACAAACGGACAAGCGGCUCCCCGGAAUCACAAGCGAAGCUUGACAGGCGAAUCCUCCGCAGAUGAAGACAGGCCUUUGGAAAUGAGCAUCGGCAGAAUGACCCCUUUGACACCUGCUCACGGGAAUCUCGAUUCCGGUGACACUCAGCAAUCCAAGGAGGACACGCCAUCCCAGAAGCCCUAUCGUUCCCGUCGGGAGGCUACCGGCACCCCUGAUCGCAAAUCUGACACGAAGCAUGGAAUCCGAAAAAGGAGUUCAUCUAGGGGCCGAAAAGACUCAUCUAGUGGGCUUGGUAGAAGACGGCGCCUCGCCCCGACGAAGCUCACUCUGCCUGUUUCUGACGAGACCAUGUCCGAUAACCUGGGAAGCCCGGUACAUCUUCGCAAACGAGAAAGAAGUCUCCACAGCCUUCCCAGUCACGAGGAUCUUUUGGAUCGCAGAAUGAACGGCUUAGCGGGCGGGCUGAUGGGAAUAGGGGAGGGAGCGCAGACCCCUUGA